AUGUGGAGGCCACCCCAACCAACAAACCGCUUUGACUCAGCCGGCCGCUGGAGGGUAAAGUGGACCUCAACAGGACAGCAGGUCAAGGCACACACUCAGGAGCAAUCGGGCACAACCUUUCCUCGGCAUCGCAAUCUCAGGGACAUGGUCUUGCGAGUCACCAAGGCGCACAUGGCGUCGACACGUCAGGACCUAUCCGAGAGGCAACUGCUGGAAGAGGAUCGGCUACACGAGGACUUCGUGGCGCAGGUCGUCACGUCGGCUCUACUGCACACCGCGAACAACAUCGCCGCCCACCCGGUCAACGAGGUUGGCAAACACGAGAGUAUCGUGUGCAAGUGCACGAGGAAGGCGAGGGCGUGUGGCAGGCUUUGCAACGGUGGAUUCAGCACCACCAACGCCAGGGCAUAUUCCAAGAGAGUUUCUGGUACUCCAUGCUGCAGUUCAUAACGGGCCCGCGUCGCAUAGCCUCCGGACUCCUGACCAUCGCCAAGUCGCACUGCGGCAACCCCAAGAUCAUGCGCUUCCUGUCCCCGUGCGCCUGCGGGGACGACAAUCGCAUCGUGGAAGACACCCCGGCCGCAAACGUGCACGUCGACGAUGCCGAGCUCGGCGCAUUUCUCGACGAGAUGGACGGAUCAGCACUCAACAUCCGCCUGGGUCGCGAAAUUGCUGGCAGUGUUCUCGGCCUUAGCGCUUGGUAUGGUGUUUGGUGGGAGUGGGAGGGAGCAGGUUGCUUGUACAUAGCGUUCGGCAAUAGUCUGUAGGCAGUCUAUAUCGUGAACCGGUGAAACUUUUAUUUUAUCACGUGUGUUAUCGAGGCACGCGUCAUACGCCUGCAUUUUGACAAGUGCGUGCGUACCUUGGACGUGAUACACACAACGCAGAGGUUAUUUUGCGUGUCGCCGGGGGGAGGGGCACCCAAGUAUGGCGGUGCUACGGGCAUGGGGCAAGUAGGUUUGGUCGGACCUUUAUUUCGUUGAGUUGAGUCUCCGUAUGCACAAGAAUGUGGGCUUGAGCGGGUACAUGCAAGUUGCGUGAACCUGAAGGCAAGGGGUGCGAUUUUUCGGUAGUGAAGGAAUGGGUUGAUACAUUUUGUUUUGGAUUUUUUAUUGUAUUUAUGUUAAUAAAUUGUGUGG